GUCGCCGUGCCGAGCUCUGUUCGGGCGAGUCACUCGGGCGUGUCGAAUAUUUGUCAAAAUGACAGUUCGCGGGUGAAAAUUUACUCGCGCGAGCUUCUCCCUUUUGGCGAGUUGUCUCUUCUGGGCUCGGCGAGCAGAAGACUUCCUCGAUGCCCCAAGAUCCGCAGCCUCUCUAGCCACGAUUCCGAGGCCUACCGAUCGCAACCUUUCCUUAUUUCUCACCUGCUGGUUCAAUAAAUUAUCAAAGACGUACAAACCUCACGAUUGAUCCAUCGUUCGCUGUAGCACGCACCGUACGUUCUUGGCACAAGAAUAGGGGACCACGGAUCCUUGGAGCACGCAGCAGUCGCUAUUUGAGACCAAGUGGUGGUCGGUGAAUGGUGUUGCAGAUAGACUCGGUGUGGACCUGGGCGUCUCCCCCACAGCGGCUCCAUCUUGCCGGGGGCAGCCGUGGUGGCGGGACAGGGAGUGCUGCUGUGGGUGGCCAGAACUCUCAGAGGAUGGGUGAGAUGAUGGUUGAGCGUCCACCUUCGCCAGCGCGUCUUAGCCACUCCUCUGAGAAGCAUCCACGUGCCACCUUAACCGAACUCAAUGUCCUACGUCGUCAUCGGGAACUCUGCGAUGUUGUCCUCAAUGUCGGGUGUAGAAAGAUAUUCGCGCACCGAGUCAUACUCUCUGCGUGCAGCCCUUAUUUCAGAGCAAUGUUCACUGGUGAGCUGGCAGAAUCCCGCCAGACCGAGGUGACAAUCAGAGAUAUCGACGAAAUGGCGAUGGAACUGUUGAUUGACUUCUGUUACACGUCACACAUCAUUGUCGAAGAGGCCAACGUGCAAACCCUCCUGCCAGCAGCUUGUCUUUUACAGCUAGCAGAGAUCCAGGAUAUCUGUUGCGAAUUCUUAAAGCGACAACUGGAUCCUUCCAACUGCCUUGGCAUUCGUGCCUUUGCCGAUACGCAUGCCUGCCGUGAACUGCUACGCAUUGCUGACAAAUUUACACAGCAUAAUUUCCAAGAGGUGAUGGAGAGCGAAGAAUUUCUCUUAUUGCCAGUUAGCCAAUUGGUGGAUAUUAUUUCAUCGGAUGAAUUGAACGUGAGGACCGAAGAGCAAGUUUUCAGCGCCGUAAUGAACUGGGUGAAGUAUAAUGUGACGGAGCGAAGACAGCAUCUGGCCCAAGUCCUGCAACACGUACGGUUACCCCUGCUGAGUCCUAAGUUUCUCGUAGGAACUGUGGGCUCGGAUCUUUUGGUUCGUUCCGAUGAUGCCUGCAGGGACCUCGUCGACGAAGCAAAGAACUAUCUCUUGCUUCCGCAAGAAAGGCCCCUCAUGCAAGGUCCUCGAACCAGACCCAGGAAGCCCACCAGACGAGGGGAAGUCCUCUUCGCAGUGGGUGGUUGGUGCUCCGGAGACGCGAUAGCCAGUGUCGAAAGGUUCGAUCCUAAUACAGCAGACUGGAAAAUGGUGGCUCCGAUGAGCAAAAGAAGAUGUGGAGUCGGGGUAGCGGUUUUAAACGAUCUUCUUUAUGCCGUUGGAGGCCACGACGGGCAGAGCUAUCUGAACAGUAUCGAGAGGUACGACCCCCAAACCAAUCAGUGGUCCUGCGACGUAGCACCAACUACCUCCUGCAGAACUAGUGUCGGUGUAGCAGUGCUCGAUGGAUUCCUCUAUGCCGUCGGGGGGCAGGAUGGAGUUCAGUGUCUGAAUCACGUUGAAAGGUACGACCCUAAGGAGAAUAAAUGGUCAAAGGUUUCACCGAUGACUACGAGAAGGCUCGGUGUGGCUGUGGCGGUCUUGGGAGGAUAUCUGUACGCCAUCGGAGGAUCCGAUGGCCAAUCGCCAUUGAACACCGUAGAGAGAUACGACCCCCGACAAAAUAAAUGGUCCCAGGUCUCGGCGAUGUCCACGAGGCGCAAACACCUGGGCUGCGCGGUCUUCAACAACCUCAUCUACGCGGUCGGUGGGCGAGACGACUGUAUGGAACUGUCCAGUGCGGAGAGGUACAACCCACACACCAAUUCCUGGAGCCCCAUUGUUGCGAUGACUUCUAGAAGAAGUGGAGUCGGCCUAGCUGUAGUCAACGGUCAACUGUACGCGGUGGGUGGCUUCGAUGGCACGGCGUACCUGAAGACGAUAGAAGUCUACGACCCGGAGCAGAACCAGUGGAGGCUUUGCGGUUGCAUGAAUUACAGGCGGCUAGGCGGAGGUGUGGGAGUGAUGCGUGCACCGCAGACGGAAAACUACAUUUGGUAGCUCAGGCCCCCCUCUUCAGCCCAACAGGCUGAAUCUCCUUUGACACCUGUGACUCCUGUCACUCCGGUCACUCCUCCUGCACCACUCUCCGUUCCUAAUGUCGCCGCGGCCAGUCGGAAGCGAUAUCGCCGCUCAAUGAGCAUCAUAUGAGCCGCGAGACGCUUCGAGGGGAUGACUUGUGUAUUUUCUCACGGAAUCUUGUCUCGAACAUAAUUCCUAGGAUUUAAUUUAAUUAUACGUUCUCGAUACGUACUUGGUACCGACAUCGAUAGACUAACUUCCGCAAUGUGUUCAUUUGGCAAGUCGGAGUCUACCGUCGUUUCGUCAAACAAGAUUUCAUUUUACCUUCUUGUUUUGUUUUGUUUUGUUUUUCUUUUCGUCCAGAAUUUGAAGAAAUCCCGAAUUUCUAAGAUAUCCUAAAGAUUUAUUUAUACAAUUCCCUGGGAGAAGGACACAGUUAUGCCUGGAGAAAGAUCUUGCCUUUCUCGAUUCCAUCUCUCCUAAGUUCCCCGGCAUACUUAGUUUUAGACGUCCAGUGACUAGUUCGAUAACCAGAUACGCAGAUUUUCCUCUUCCGAUAACAAGAAUUUCUCUCUUUCGUGAUACGUAACACCGUGGGAAAGGCAAUUUCUUAAUAUUCGCAAGCUUGGUUCUAGCAGGGAAGAUCCCCCGAAAAAUUUUCGAUAAAUCACCAGCUUCCAUUCUCAUCGGUCAUGCAAGGAACACUUGGUACGAUUGCACCGGUGCAUAAGAAAACGGAAAACGAGGAAAAAAAUAAGCUACAACGGAGGGCUGCUUCUGCACCCGCACGCGCUGAAACGAGGGGCAAGACGCUUUGUAUGUUCGCUGGAGAAGCCAGGGGAGCGCGUGAAGCUUGUUUUUUCUUGUUUAAGACUGACCGAAAGGCGAAAUACUGCUGCUGCUGUGAAUGCAAACCAAAAAAGGAAAAAAGAGAGAAAGGAAACUCCCGGAGGGAAAGGAAAACGCGCAAAGACCACACCGGAGUCUAAUAAGACCCCUCCAAUUUCUGCAUCGAGCAGGCUGUAAAGGACUCCGUGAAGGCUUUCGCUUUGAGCUUUGGGCACCGUCAUUGGAGAUCGAUCGUAUUCCGAGAGUGCAUCGCUUUACGGUCUUUCGAUCGGCUCACGCUUGUCUUACGAUUAGUUCAAACGGUCAGAAAGACCCGGACAAAAAUGGAUUUCCGUAGAGUAGGGAUCUGCGCUGUCCUUCGACACAGCUUCGCGACGUUACUUUAAGAGAGAAUCUAUUUAUUUCCUCUGCCAGGAAGUUACAUCUCCGCGGCCUGGUUUUCUCUGGUCCAUGUAUACUCGACGACGUUAGCCUUAGCAAAGAACCGAAAUGCGACAUUCGAUAGUUAAGGCGAUGCGAAAGUGGCGUCAAAGAAGACCCGUUUAUGAAACUUUUCACCGAACAUGGUGUACCAAAUCGUUAUAAACUCUACAACGUGAACAUGGAGGCUGUAAGG